AUGAGUACACUCACCUCAGUGGUCACGGUGGUUACAUUACCAUUUAUCGUUACAUUCAAUUGCAUCUACUUUCUAGCCUCAAACAUAUUAUUACAGCCACUAGGGUACCUAUCCUCAAUAUGUAUCUAUACCCCGCUUAUCAAGAUUCCCUUUAUUCUCCCAGCACGGUACUUCCUAGAAUUAGACAAGAAUGACCAAGUACACUUGAUACCAUCGUUGACUCGUGUCAAGCACCGAGCAAGUGUGUUUGUACGUGCAUUGCUGGUAGCAUAUUCAGUGGUGUUUGGAAAUAGAGGCAUGAAUCAGGACCAAAUUGAGCGGCUUAUUGCUCAACUAACAUUGUUUUUCACAACAACUUUCCAUUUCAUAAUGACAGCCAUCUAUAUUGGGUUACUAGCAGGUGUGAUAUUGGGUACUGUUUUUUCAUUCAUUUCAUGGUUUUUCACAUUGAGUGCUGAGACGGAAGCCAACAUAACGAUUGGUUUGCAAAACAAGGUUAAUCAAGUGACAAGGUUUGUGCCUAGUAAGAGUACAUUUUCUCGUUUAAAAUUUAGAUUAUGGAGUGGAAGAUCAAAGAAUGCAGCAGUUCCGCCUUUGGAUAACUCUGGUUUUGUUUCACCGUCAUCUGGGUUUAAUGCGCCGGACUUGUAUCCUAAAGUUAAACUGGAGGGCCCGUUUUAUCAACCUUAUCUGGCGAGAUUUGAUGAUUAUGAUGAUUAUGAUGAACAACAAGCGUAUCUUAGCCAGGAAUUUCAAAAUAAGGGUGCCGCAAGUGGCCCAUUUAUCAAGCAAGAAGUUAAACCGAUAAAUGAAAUGGAACUGAUUAUCGAGGAGGAGUCGAAUGGAAGUGAUGGCACUGAAAUUAUUGACUAUCAAAGUGAUGCAAAUGCAAGUGAGGCUGACACUGUUGAAUCAAGCGAGGAUGUGGGUGUCUACCCGACACCUGACACUGAUCAUGAACUCCAUACUGAUAGAAGUGGUUUAAGACAAAGAUUAAGACAAGAAAGAUUACACAAGACAGCCACGCCCAGCGAUAGUGAUGAUAAUACCAGUGCAAUCCCUAGCUAUAGUGAAGGCAAGUCUGUUGGCAAUGACAACAGCAGUGAUGCCGAUAUUGAAGAAGAAGCCAGUGGUGGUGAGAGUAGCAGUGCUGCUAAUACUACAGAUGCAAGUGAGGGGGACACCAGUGAAGAUGCAAGUGAAGCAGCAAAUGAGGAAGCGAGCGUCACAAACGUGACACAUGUCAGUGGUGAUGAUUUUAUUAAAAAUUAUCAGAUUGAUGAGCCAGUUAUUGAUCUGUUGAAUGAACUGGAGUCGUAG